AUGUCUGAGCUGUUCAGAUUAGAAAAUAUCUCAUUCACUCUCGACAGUGGCAGUCAUACGAGUUCGGCGAGUACAGUUCCGUCCAUGCAAUCGCCAUCUUCGGAUAACAUUGAUUGUGCAGACUUGAACACAUCACAAUCGACAUUCUACGUGAAUGACGCCGAUCACAAUCUUCUUGAUUCCAGUAAAAUAUCAGCCAAUUUUAAAUGUCUGCUCAAUAUCGCCUCGUCCAAUUCAGUGAAAGUAUCAACGCCACUUUCUUCUGAUGACACUCCCGAAGCAAAAACAUCCAGGUUUUUAAGUAACUUCAAUUUUCGACACUUUUGUUUCGUUCAUUCUUCCAACUCUUUUUCUCUCCUUCCACACCACCGAUCAUACUUUUCUUCGUUUGAUCAAUUUCAAAUUUAUCAUUCAAUGAGUGAUACGAUUGAAUUAACUGACUUAUUUUUUGAUGCUGUUGCCGGAAGAGAGGCUAAAAAUAAGAUACCACCCAAAUAA